GGGGUGGUUCGGCUUCUACCAAUUGUAGCCAUGACUCAAUUUCCAAACGCCUUGGAGUUAAAAAAUUCGGUGGUGAAUUUGUGCGAAAGGGGAGCAUUAUUAUUCGCCAACGAGGAACUACAUAUAAGGGUGGCAAAGGUGUUUUUUUUGGUAGAGAUUACACUGUUCAUGCUGAAUAUGAUGGAACUGUAAAGUAUUAUAAAAGGUUCCGAGGACGAGUUAAUAGAACAUUUGUGGAAUCAGACGCCGACCAAGGCAAUUUAGAAUAUAUGACUAUUAACACAAAAAAAUCUUUUCCAUGCCAUGGAAUUAACCCAAUUGAAACUCUUUAUUUUGCCUCAGAGUUUGUAAAAAUUCAUUGCCAAGGGCUUAUUAAUCGCGGUUAUAUUAUCAGCGAAGUAGAAAAUGGUGAAGUUUGGAAAUUAGAAAAAAAAGAUCCUUGA